UCUCUUCUUCCUCUUCACAAUUUCCAGGUCAGCAAUCAGAAUCGGUCUUGGGUUUUGCCUUGCACGAUUAGCAAAUUGUAAAUUUUUAGAAAAUGCCUGCUCCUGCUAGUUCCACAUCCGUUGGCAGCGGUUCACGCUCGCCCAGCAAAUUGUCGGCGCCACGUAGUGCCGGAGCUGGUGGUGGCAGCACAUUGAAGCAAAGAAAGACAACCAGCAGCAAUACAGCGGCCAGAAGUCGUGCUCCGGGCGGUGCUGGCACUGGUGGAAUGUGGCGUUUCUACACAGACGACUCCCCUGGCAUUAAAGUUGGUCCCGUGCCCGUGCUGGUCAUGUCGCUGCUCUUCAUCGCUUCCGUUUUUAUGUUGCACAUUUGGGGCAAAUACAAUCGUUCUUAAACCAUUUAAUGUGUAGUCCAAUAGAAAUACUUUCACCUCAACGAACGUGAAGAGAAAGAGACACCGCACACACACACACACACACCCCCAUACCCAUACAUUUGCCAACGUCAUCAGAUUUCUUCUUUCACACAACAACCGAUUUAAUUUUUCAAUCAACAACAACAACAUUCCCGUUGGUUGAGGUGUUCUUGGUGUUUUCCAAUUGAAAUUAAUUAAAUUACCUUAAGUUUAAGUUAAAAAACGUCGUAAUUUUUGUCCAAAAAAAAAAAACAAACAAAUUAAAACCAAGUUUGCUAAAACAAUUUUUCUUCCUGCUGCUUGUGCACAUCAGUUGUUGGGCAGGAUAAAAGCAAGUUUCAUUCCACAAUUUAUCGUGGUCUAUGUGCAUUAUAAAUAACAAUAACAACAACAAAAAGAUAAAAUCAACGAUUCCGCGCGUAAUCAAACGCACUUUAAAAAUUUGUAUAAAAAGUGUUAAGAUCAAAUAAAUUUUGUAUGAAAACUAAA